AUGUCAACACCCAGAGCAAAACCAUGGGAGGUUUCUAGCGGCACAUCUACAGCAGCAGUGUCGGGUAGUACCACGCAGGCGCCGCUUGGUUCGGAUUCAGAAGCCCCAGCGGCAGUUCCAGAACGUCCAACUUCUUUGACUGAUCCGUCUUCCAGCUCCUCUUAUAACUACGGCCAAGCGUCGUCAGGAUAUGGCUCCACUGGGUAUGGUACCGGUUAUGGUGGUUCUAGAUAUGGGUCAGGCUUAGGUGGCUCCAUGUACGGCUCUGGAUACGGCUCGUCUAUGUAUGGAGGUUAUGGUUCAGGUAUUGGUGGCUACGGUUCCUCUAUGUACGGUGGCUACGGCUCAGGAAUGGGCGGCUACGGAGGCUAUGGAUCAAGUAUGUACGGAGGAUACGGCGGUGGCAUGUAUGGACCAAACGGAAUGCAAGGCCCUGGUGGAAUCGCCGAAGGCACACAGGCCACGUUUCAACUUAUCGAAUCGAUUAUUGGUGCCGUCGGCGGGUUUGCGCAGAUGCUUGAAGCUACGUAUAUGGCUACUCACUCUUCAUUUUUCACGAUGGUGUCUUUGGCAGAACAGUUUGGCAACUUAAAGAAUACAUUGGGUUCACUUUUAGGCAUAUUUGCCAUCAUCAAAUUCGCCAAAAAGCUACUAUACAAGAUCUCCGGCCGCACUUAUAACCACGGCAUCAGUGCGGAGGAUUUUGCCAAGUUCCAGAAUAAACAAAAGAAGUUGGAGGAAAGUCUCCGCAAGUCGCCACAGGGUGCCAAAUCCCGCAUCUCCUUCAAACCACUUUUGUUGUUCUUGGCAGCCUCUAUUGGCUUUCCAUACUUACUCAGCAAGGCAAUUCAAAAGCUCAAUGAGCAACAACAAUCGCAACAGCAGAGAAGACUUCAAGAACAACUGGGCAUGGCUGCAGGCACCCGUAACCCUCUUGAUCCCAAGAACUUGGAAUUUGCUAAAGCGAUUUAUGAGUUCAAUCCAGAAAAUCCAAAUGUGGAGAUCGAGCUAAAGCCAAAGGAACUUGUGGCCAUUUUGUCAAAAUUGGACCCUCUCGGCAAUGAAAGUCAGUGGUGGAAAGUGCGUUCUCGUUCAGGGAAAGUGGGCUAUGUUCCUCUGAAUUAUUUAAGCAUCAUUGAGCGGGCACCGAAACAAGUCGAAGCUUCGCUGUCGGACCCUGUGGCCACGAAGUUUGUCGAUGAAUUCCAGAAACAAUAA